GUGUGUGUUAAGUGGGUGGGAACUGAAUGAAGGGAGUGGCAAAAUUAAGGGUGGGACAAAAAGCAGAAUGCAAGUGUCAUGAAUGUAAUUGCAGUUUAGGGAAAGGCAGGUAGGAAGAGUACUUCCAAAGGUUAACUAACACUCCUUAGUGAGUGUGUCAACAUCGGAAUGGUGAUAAGAAAGAGUGAGAGAGGUGGGCAAACAGCUUCCCUAGACGGCUGCUGUUGUGUGUUUCAUUUUUGUGUUAUAUCAUAGUUUAUCUUUCAAACGGGUGACUUGUUAUCAGGAAUUAUUAUCAAAAGCAAUGGAUUUUUUCCUUGAUUGUGGCUGAUUUCUAAACUUUAACGUUUUUUCGAAUUUCAACGGAACUAUUUCCUUCUUGAGAAGGGCCAGCCUCAGUGGUCUGAUACUGCUGCGAUGAAUGCCUUCCUCAGGGGAGUGUUGGGGAAAAAUUCAUCACAGGAAAUCCCCACGAUCCCCAUAGCAGUGAAUGAACAGACAACGCAUGAUGAAGAAGAGGAUGAUGAGGACAAUACAUCUGGUUUCAAGAAGGACAACCUUCGUAGAAACUCACGCUUUUACCGCUCCAUGAGGAAGAAGCGCUUGCCUUCUUCGGAAUCUUCUCAGACCUCAGGCUCUAUCAAGGCUGUCUAUGAACCAGAUGCGGUGAGCAGAGUUAAAUCCUUAAAUGUGCAGCCAAGAAAACCUCAGGCACCUAUUACAAGGAGGAAUCCUGUACAAGGGGAUGGAGGAGGAGGAGGAGGAGGACCACUGAGAGAUGUGGCCUAUGCCUCAAACGGUGGGCACAGAGGCAAUAUAGCUCACCAGCCUUUACCUAAAAUACAAAACAUAGACAAGCACGAAAUGGAAGGACUCUCAAAGUAUACGGCUGCAGCCUGCAGUGUACAAGAAACCCAUGGGGACUCUAAAGGAUUUCUGCAACCUGGCUUUGAGACAGCAGAGGGAGAUGGCAUUAAUCCAGGAAUGGUGAUUAAUGAAAGAAGCCCUCAGGCGAAAGUAGAGUCCGGCCACAGCCUCAACAUCGUCAAAAACAUUGCCUUCCUAUACCAAGAGUACCGGGACACAUCCAAGCAGCAGGAAAUUGACUUGCGCCGACAACGCGAUGGACUCACUGUCAAAGCAGAAGCAUCCGGAGGGCUGUCAUCAAGCACGAGUUCUCCACCAGUGGGGCAGCUACAGCUGAGGAACAGCAUUAACCCAAUGAGCUUGUGGCAAAACCUGGAGAUUGUACAGAAUAGUAGCCUGCUCAAUGAACUCUCACAGAAGGAGAUCGUCAUGCAGGAAGCCAUGUUUGAGCUUGUUAGCUCAGAAGCGUCCUACUACAAAAGUUUGGAGAUCUUGGAGACCACCUUUCUACAUAAUCCUGUUUUAUCCAACACCCUGAGCAACUCAGAUAUGCACUUCCUGUUCUCCAAUAUCAAGGAAGUGGUGAAAGCCAGUGAAAGCUUCCUCAUAGACCUAGAGAACCGGAUAGAGCAGUCUAUCUUGAUCUCAGAUGUGUGUGACAUCGUCCACCAACAUGCUACUGAGCAAUUCCACGUUUUCAACACCUAUGUUGUCAAUCAGGUGUACCAGGAAAAAACAUAUAGACGAAUAUUACAGGAAAAUUUGGCAUUUCGUGAUGCCAUUACGUCAUUGGAGAAAUUGCCCUGUCUGCGUGGACUAUCUUUCACUUCCUUCCUCAUUCUCCCCUUCCAGAGGAUCGUGAGGCUCAAACUGCUUGUUCAGAAUAUCCUUAAAAAAGUAGAAGAAAACUCUGAAAGGGAAGCAAAUGCAAUUAAGGCACACAAGGAGCUGGAGCAGAUUGUGAAAGACUGUAAUGAGGGUGUAAGGAAAAUGAGUCGCACUGAGGAGCUUAUCAGCAUUGAGAAAACGCUUGAGUUUAAGUGCAAGUCUGUACCAAUCAUCUCUCAUUCCCGCUGGCUGCUCAAGAAGGGUGAGGUGCAGCAAAUGUCUGGGCCUAAGAGCACCCGAACCAUUCGAAGUCGGAAAUUAUAUCAGCCUGUCUAUUUGUUUCUUUUCAAUAAUCUGCUACUUAUUACAAAACGCAACUCAAGCGGCGAUAAGUUUCAGGUUCUUGACUCUUGCACACGUGCAAUGUUGAGAACCGAAGAUCAGGAGGACCAGGGUCAGCAACUGGCAAACAUAUUUAAUCUUAAGCUCCUGGAAAACCAAGAAGAGCGGCAGGUCAGCUACAUGCUGAAGACCACCAGCAUGAGUGAUAAGCACCGGUGGAUAUGUGCUCUGACCCCUCAUCGGCGCACACGCUUUAUGUCUACAAGUGCCCAUCAACCAGACUCUCCUCAGGUCCAGUGUAUUCAGUCCUACACAGCUCAGGAGCAAGACGAGCUCUCUGUUGAGAUGGCAGACGUCUUGAACAUCCUGGAGAGAACAGAUGACGGCUGGAUGAUGGGUGAGAGGCUCCACGAUAGUGAGAGGGGCUGGUUCCCCACCCGGGUGGUGGAGGAGAUCCAGAACAAAGAAGUCAGGGCUCAGAACCGGAAAGAAGUCUUAAGGAUCCAACAAAACAAGAUUGAUGGACCACCCUCAGGAGUUAGAGGAGCGGGCAUGAGGGGAAACAGGCGCCCACCAAUGGUCUCCAAUCAUUCCCGCACAGAAGGCGUGCAAUAAACUACUGCCAAUUGAAGAAGUGCAGUGAACGAGAGGAAGUAAUAUAUACUCCUUAGUAUAGCGGAAAAAAAAUUAAAAGGACACAAUGUCACGUGUAAAUAAGUGGUUAAGGAUUGAAAGCACUUCAGUGGACAAUUUUUAUAAAAUUAAUUUAACACAUUUUAUAAAUAUAAUGACACAAAGGUAGUUUGUAAUGUAUAUCACCAGAUGGAUGUAGUUUGAACACAGCUAUUUUUUUUCAAGUUCAAGUUUAUUGUAGCCAUUUCAACAGUAUAUAAAAUACAGUUCAUGAUAAAACCUACAAAUAUUUUAUUUUUCAAAUACCCUCAGUCUAAACAUUAAGAUUCAGAAAACAUUGUGCAUGACAGUCUCGUCUUUGACCUUGCUUAAACAAAAUAAAAGACAGCAGGGUGUGUUGCAUGUGUUUAUGUAGGAAAUGACAAAUCAGUUGUUACACAGUCAGUUAAUUUCUCAAAUUCUGAUACAAUGGUAUAAUUUAAUAAUAUUAUAUAUAUGAUCAAUCGAGAAAUCAUGUUACAUCAUACUAUUAAUUUUAUCUGCAUUGCAUUUAAAUAAAGAGUGAACUGAGUAUAUAAAUAUUAUUUAGGUAAUACUUGUUUUUGUAAUUAUUCAGUGUAUAAACAGUAGUUAUGGUUAUCAAAUAAUUCAAAAGUGCAGCUUUUUGGGGAUGUUAAAACAAUACCUAAUUUCUUAAAUAUGAACCUAAAAAGAAAAACUUGAAGUAUAGAUCAGUGCAUUUCACAAGUUAUCAAAAAUGUUUGAAUGUUUCAAUAGUUUGCCAAGAUCAAAUGGAAAUUGAGACACAGUAGCCUACUGCCCAAAAUUGUACAUCAAAUCAAAGUAUAUCUAAAGGAAGAAUUUAAACAUUUCAUACAUAAGUGUUUUCAAUGUGAUUAACUGCAAUUUGUUGCUUGCAUGACAUAUUGCAUUAUUCUUUCCAUUUCUAUAAUUACAGAAGUCCAGAAAUUGUGUUCAGAUUCCCUUUAUAAUAAAACAAUAACUUUCGAUUAGCUUGAAUAGACUUAUACUACCUUUUUUUAAAAGAUACCUUCUAACCUCUGAUUACAAGGUCGUGUCUAUUCUUUCUAUCCUAAAAUGAUCAUAACAUCAGGAACUGGAGUUGGAGUAAAAUCUAUGUAAAAUGCAAUAUUUAUUUUGAAUGGAAUUUAUUUAUCUAAAUGGUGCUGUCAUGUUCUCCAUGUAUGUCUCUGUUAUGCUUUAAUAAUUGGCCAAACACCUCUCCGUACAAAAGUCUCCGUAGACUAGUCCUUCAGACAUCAGGCUUCAUUCAAAUCAAAAGGGAGAAAUGGAUGGAUAUAGAUCACAAUAUCACAAUAUUAUGUGUAUAUAUAAAAAAAAUCAACAACUCAACAUAGGACUACAUAUAUACAUAUCAUAUAGCGGCAAAAAUUGUAUACAUCAAUAUGUAUAUAAAAUGACUGCUAUGCAAAAAAGAAUACACAAAUAUUUUUGAUUCUAUGACAUAGGAACGUAGUAAGCUAUUUCAAUAAGGCAGACGGCUAACAUGUAAUUUUUAAAAUCAUGUUCAAAUCAUAUGUACAUUGAUAUGAAACAAAUAGACAAAAAGAUUGUUAGGAUACGGUAGGAAGGAUAGUAACUGAGUGAAAUGACCCGGAAGUAUCUAGUGGCAGCCACGAUAAGAGCUGUAGAAUUCUCUAAAUGCUAAGGAAAAGUGUUUCAAUACUUCCUGAUAUCUCUUUUAGCAUAGGGUACUGCACCAUAGGCCUCAACAUAUUCUGUUUUUUGCUCAGGAAAUGUCCUUUCCUAACAGGAUGACCCGGAAAUACUUGGAGGAAAGGUUGUUCAAAUUCUAAAAAUGUUUUGGAUUCUCGAUGCAACCUUUAACCCACCUUUAGCAUAGGUUACACCUGACCAACCUUUACGAAAGGAAAGGAGAUAUUGGUAACCCAUAAUCCUUUACUGCGGCAAUAUUUGAAGCAACAGGCCAACGACGAUGUUUACCGACUCUACGGGAAGACGCAGGAGAGACGCGGUAAAGCAGAAGAAAGGAGAGAAGGAAAGAACAUUUAUAAUGAUGGAUAUGGAUACCGAUUCCAGAAACAUAAUUAUUUGAAUCGAAAGGAACUCAAUAAUUGCUGUUUAGCUAAUACAAUUACAUGAAACUACACAGUUGAAAGUGAUGGAAAUGGAUUAACUUGGCAAUUAAUGUCAACUUAUUCGUAGUCUAUAUAGCACCUACAAAAUAGCAAUGUGCUGUAGAAACUAGCCUAACAAAAUGGAAAACCCUAAAGAUAAUAAAGAACUCAUAAAAGGCCAAAGGGGUGAUCCAUCAAAGUCGCUGAAGAAGGCGGCGCUUAGUUGAUUAAGCCCAGUUAGAACUAACGCCAACUUCCACUUGAGGCCGUUACGUAAAUUAAGCACACAAGCUGCAAUACCCCCACAUAGCCACAUGGGAGCAGGAUCAAACAUAUGCUGCAUUACCCCCACAUAGCCACAAGGGAGCAGGAUCAAACAUACAAGCUGCAAUAACUACUCCAGCCACAGAUGGCAGCACCUUUAGACAGGUGAGGAAGCCGCAGCCAACACGUCACAUAGGCCACGCCUACUUGAUACAAAUGCGGAGCGGGAGUGAGAUCAGGUCAGAAACCCAUGGCAGCCCCGUUGGUAGCCCCGUGGCUAGAAGAUAGGUCAGCCGUGGGUCGCUCCACGCGCGUGUUAAAUACAAUUCCCCUCUUUUUGCUUCAUAGUUACCAUACCGAAAUACUUUAACAAAUAAAGUGAGUUAAAAGCGAUCCGGUUUAGACUUUCUUCAACAACACGACAAGGAUAAAGCCAUUCCAUCAACCCAGUUCAGCCGCACCUUGCUCAGGUUAGUUCAAACCAGGCUAACAUUAUCGUGGAUUAUGCUCGCUCAUGAGAUAUGUAACCAGCCCAGAAUGUCGAAUCAUGAAUCAAAUGUCCGAAAAGGACAGAGCGGGAUAUUAUCCAGCGGCGAACAGAAGCUGCUUGUGGAGGUCUAUGAGGAGUACAAGCAUAUAAUAACUCAAAAAGGGAACACCGUAACCAUUAAUAAAAACAGGGAGGCCACCUGGCAAAAAAACCGCCAUCUGUUGAAUGCAUUACUGUAUUAAGCAUAACAUUUUAAUUGAAUAUUGACAAUGGUUUUGUAAUCAGGGAGAUGGUCUCGAGGUAACUUGUCAGACUUGCACCGAGACGUCCGGCGUUCAGGAUUACUGUAGAAAUCAAAGAACUCUUGCCAUAUAUUUUCUAUUUCUUUGAAUAUUUUUAAUUGACCGACCAUAGUAUUUAUCUCAACAGAAGUGGUCUUGCCUGCCUGCUGAGAAACUCACCUGAAUGGAAUUUAUGUGGCUGACAAUUUUCCAUGCUGCAUUGUCUGUCAAGUGACCAAGGCUUCACUAUCAGUAACAUUAAUAUUAACAUUAACUUUACCAUGGGUUUUUCAUCACAACAGUAAUUUUUGGCUGGAUGACACCGACCUCAAUUCUGAGUGGCUAAAAAUGGAGAGAGGGGACUGCUUGCCUUUUUCCAUAGGUGCAAUUGUCAUGUCCCCAGUAUCACUGAAUAGGUCAACAUAUGAUCAUAACCUUUUAAUACAUGCUGCCAUACGGGUCUGGAAGCUGCUGAAGUCCACUCUUAAUUUAAGAGAUGUCUUUCCUUCUCCCAAUCGUAAAUAACCCCUCCUUCAAACCCUCUACAUUAGACGGUGCUUUAGUCCAAUGGAAGGACAAAGGGAUUAGAACCGUGGGUGACCUUUACCUGAAGGGUACCUUCUCCUCCUUUCAAGAUCUGCGGGAGAAGUAUAAAUUAAACUCUAAUAAUUUUUUCAGAUAUCUUCAGAUCAGGGAAUAUGUGAAAACACACUUGCCGGACUUCGUCACUACCAGCCCAGAUAAACUUGACGUGUGUAUUAACAGACAGGCGGAUUCAGAUAAGUUGAUAUCCUAUGUUUACAAUGUUCUACAAAACAUUAAUGCCCCUUCAUCUGAGGUCUACAAGCGUGCUUGUAGACAAACUCCUGAUGACCUAUGGGACGACAGCUUUCAUUAUAUUCAAACUCGCUCCAUAAAUGCCAGACACUGUCUAAUACAGUUUAAAAGUGCUACACCGGCUAUACUACUCGAAAUCCAAACUGAAUAAAAUAUUCCCUAAUGUUUCCCCCCUCUGUGAUAAAUGUCAGAUCCAUAAAGCCACUUUAACCCACAGCUUUAUUCUUUGCCCCAAAAUCGAAAGCUUUUGGACCGAAAUUUUCAGAAUCUUCUCCAAUACUCUGAAAAUUACACUAGAGCCAGACCCUAGAAUGAUUAUUUUGGGGCAUUCCGAGGCACUUAGUAAACUGACUGCCUCUCAACAACGCUUUGUCUCUUAUGGACUAAUAGCAGCAAAAAAACUCAUACUUAAAUUCUGGAAGGGUGCUGAAGUUCCUCCAUUUAGGCUGUGGAUUUCAGAUUUAACAGACACAUUGCAUCUAGAACGUAUUAGGUUUAUCUUGAGUGAUUGAAGCAAUUUUCAAAAAUAUGGUCACCUUUUAUCUCAUUCCUCGAUCAACAAACUAUUUGAACAUAAAUAUAAAAAUCACACGUUGGCACGGAUGGGUAGGUUAGGGGGUGGUGGAUGGGCAGUUUCCUUUUUUUUUUUUAAUGUAUUUUUAUGUUUAUUCAUUUAUUUAUUAUUAUUACUUUUUUACCAUCUUCUUUACCAUUUAUAUUAUGCUUGUAAAAAAUGUAAAAUUGAAGCUUUUCCCUAUUGCGUAUAAAUGUCGAGUGAUGAGAAUGAUUCCAAUAAAAAUAUUUGAAACUUUACCAUGGGUUUUUGCAAGUUAUAUUUGGGUUCUAGGGAAAUUGUAAGACAUAUUUAUUAUACAAAGUCAAUUGUUAGGCCUACCUUCUCUGACAAAAAGGGAAUUACAAAAAAGCCAACGCCAAGAUUCUAUGACGUAGAACACGAACUCGGGUCACCCGUACCACAGGGCAAGUGCUAGACCACUAACCUAACUACUGGUUCCUAAUAUCGAUAGAAUACACAGAUUUUUAUAAAAAUAUGUUGAGAAAAUAUCCACGAUAACAAAAGAUAGCAAUUCAUUCAAUUAUUUCAUUUGCAUAAUUUAAUCUUAGACCCUUAGUGAAAAUAUACGCUGUUUGUACUUCAUAUAUGGAUUAGGAUUAGACUAGGAUUGGCGGAACCUUCUGAUGGUACACUUGUUGCCGACAGAUGGGACUUCUCUGAAACACCGAUCAAGUAAGCCUGACAGUUAACCUGCUACUGACCAGGGGCCGUAUUCACAAAGGAUCUUAGGGCUAACAGUAGGUCCUAACUGGCGAAUUUAGGAGUAACUCCUAAAAAUAAUGAGCGUGUCUCUCCUAACUUUUUUCACUAAGAGCAAUUCACAAAGUAUUUUAGGCCUAAAAGUAGCACCUAAGUCUAGGUGAGCUUAAAAGUCCUCAAGAGGACUCCUAACUCAGUAAGACCUAUUCACAAAGAAUCAUAAAAUACCUGCGAGACGAAAUGUUAGGGUAUUAAACUUGUUGUGGAGUUAGUGCGCGAUGCAAUAACAUCCCCAACUAACAGGAUGCCAAAUGUUUGGCCACACUACGUUAUUUAGCAACAGGGGAAAUGCAACUUUGCAAUGCCGACGAUUUAAAAAUAUCGCAACCAUCAGUCAGCCGUGCCAUAAACUUUCCUUUGGACAUUCAACAAUUACACAGGAUCAAAGCCAACUUCAUGGCAAUUGCAGGUAUGCCCGGUGUGGUCGGUCCUAUUGACGGGACGCACAUAAAAAUAAUUGUGCUAUCAAAAGACGAGGACGUGUUCGUCAAUAGGAAGAAAGUGCAUUCCAUCAACACGCAGGUUGUUUUUGAGGCAAAUUUUAACAUAGCCUACUGGAUGUUGAUGCAAAUUGGCCUGGAGCUUCAGCUACCCAUGAUUCGCGCAUUUUAAUGGUGAGCGGUCUGAGGCAGCUUUUUGAGAUGUACCAGUUGGGUGUCACUUGCUGGGUGACAGUGACAUGCAAGACGUGGCUCUAGACACCCUACCUCAAUCCACAACCGGGAGCACAGUUAAAGUAUAACAUGUAAGUGAUCACGCAGAUUACGCUUAGUCCUAUGCGUAAAACACAUCGUAUUGGCUCUUUGACGCCUUUUAUUUGUUGAAUCCAUAUUUAUUAUUGUUGACUGAUUUCCUCCAUAUAUGCUAGAGCAAACAAACAUACACGAAAUGUUGUGGAGAGAGGAAUUUGGCAGAUGAAACGUCGGUUUCAUGUCCUCCACGACGAAAUACGCCUCACCCCAGAGAGGGCAAGCACAGUAAUCACUGUAUGUGCCAUUCUACACAACCUCUGCAAGUGGAGGAACAUUCCACAGCCAGACGAUGAUGAUGAUGAUGAUGGCGAUCAACAUGACAAUGAAUUUGGCCGUGUGGAACCGAGUGGACUGGCAUUUAGGGAUCACUUUGAAAACACAUUUUAGGUAAACGCCUUGGCACAAAUCAGUCAACACAUAACAUUUAUUUUCUUUAAAAUUUUACGUAUUUUUAUUGUUUGCUUUCUCUCUCUCUUGAACGUGCAGGCUACAACGUCAUUAUCGUGGUCUGCACAAAAUUGUCAUCAUGCGUGUACUCUGCUAACUGCACUAUAACUACUUAAUAGGAAUUCAUUUCUAGCCUAGGUGAUUUCCUUGUUUUUCUGUGAUUUAGUGGGCUCGUCUGAACAACCAAUCACCGAACUGACCGGUUCUAUCUCGUGCACGAGAAUUGACCUAAUCCAUAGCAACGGCGCGUCACUCUUAGUUCAUUCUUAGUGAUUCAUCCUUAGUAAGAGUAGGUCUCAGCGGCUUUGUGAAUAACUUUUAAGAAAAAACUCCUACGUAAAAUGUUUUAGCUCGAGUUAGGAGCACUCCUAGCGGUAAGGUAAAAUGCUUUGUGAAUAGCGGAGAUUCCCUUAAAUUCCGUUCCCACGUUAAGGGAACGGAACUUUAGCUGAAAGUAGCGAGGCUAAGCAGAAUAAGCCUGGCUUUGCCUUUAGCUUGGUUCAUGGAAUACCCCUUAACAAGUUAUUAUCGUAGCCCAUAAUUGACACCAUAAGAAAAUAAAAUGCCCACUUCACAUUUAAGAAAGACUACUGGGGGCAGUUAAUUUCAACAUUAACAUAAGUUUAGCCCCUUUUUCAAAUGUGAAUUGGGAUUCAAGUGGCCUAAAAUAUUCCGGACCUAGUCGGACCUAAAUGAUUCUCACUGUUGGCGACAACCUGAUUGAAAUCAAUACGACAAGAACGCAUGGAUCGAAAGAGCGCUUGUUGUAGUCCAUCUUCGGAAAAUUGUAGCUUCACGCUAGAGACGCUAGAGUUUAGCAAUACUCGCCGUCGCACAAUGACGUCGGCUAGGAAAAUUGGAGUCUAGUUUUCCUAUGUUCGAAAGAAAGCACCCUUUCAUCUCUUGACCCGAUGACUUUUUCCAUAAGGUUAAGGAAAGGAGACAUCGAAGUUAGGAGAUUUGACUUUCCGAAUUGGGCCCAUGAUUUAUGAAAAGGAAAGGAGAUAAAGCCGCCCCACAAUUCCUUGCGUUAGCAACAUUUAAAGCAAAGUACCAGUCACUCAUUCAGGGAAGCAAACAGUCAACUUUGAAUAUCAAUCACGACAGGUGGUUGGGGUUGAGCGACCAUUCUCAUUGUGACAACUAUUAUGUUGCACUUUUGUGACUGGUAGCCUCGGUUUAUUUAUUUUCCCAUAAAAAUUCAAACCUAAGUAAUGUUUUUCAUGUUGUCCACUUUUAUAUAGCCUGUAUGAAACAUGGUCAGAGCGCAUGGAGUGAAAAGUUUAGAAAUCUUUCUCUUUCGAUGCAAACGUGUAACUAAGCUUUGUAACAAAGGGUUGUAUAAACCUUAUACCAACCUUAUAACCUUAUACACAAUCGUUUUAGCACAAUCAACAAGUUUCUUUCCCUUUCGAUGGAAGCACAUUACGUAUCUUGCCAAGGGUAUCUAGCCCUUAUACCAAUGUCUGGAAGUGAAGCACCAUAGUUUUCAACACAAGACGCAACGUUAAAGAUCAGCAAGACAUUGUUGGUCAAUCAGUGAUUCUCUUGCUCUGAAAAGCAGUUUCAGCAAAUAAAAAUACUGAAACUGACCGCGUCCCUUAAACCCAGUUUCACACCAAAAUGUAGUGUAACUUUGAAAACGUAGUCGUUUUACAAUAACGGCUCUCAACAUGUGACACGCCAACGUUUUUUGCCCUGUUCUUUUCAAUGGGCCUGAGUCCAGGUCACGGGACUAACAAAGUUGCUGGAGUGGUUGCUAUUGAUUAUUUCCUUUGUCAAGUGCAAUGAUCAUGGCAAGCUGCAUAUUUAUAGUAACUAGAGUAUCCGUGCGCACGUUGCGCCCGCUCAACCUCUAGUUGUAGUUAAACCCAUAGUUAUAAUCUGGAUCCCCAGUCGAUAAUGUAACAAAUAUCUGAGCGCAUAAUAUAACAUUUUGCCUAUAAUGUUACAUCCUAUAACAUUUUGGUUCACCUAUUACAUAAUGAAGCAAGGAUAAUAAUUAUCUCCUUACGUUAUGAAGCAAGCAUUAUCAUUUUUCUACUUAAAAGCCGUUUUCACAUAUGUCCUCCUCAUUUUUGCCUAAUUUGUAUAUCAGGAGAUUCAACCCUGAGGGUGAUUUGCAAGGAGAGGGAUAUGAUGUAGGGUCUUAGUUCGCAAGAGGCGGGAUAAGUUAGGCCGUUGUCACUGUAGUUUGAUUUGGUUUUGUCACGGUUAGCGGGUGGCAGGCAGGACUCAAUAGCAGACAGUUCAGAUUAAGGAUAAUUUAUAAACGCAAAAGGCAAGGAACACCGAGAACACAGGUGACACAGGUAACACAGGGAACACACAGGACACAACUCACCACAAACUACAAUAAUCCGACAAGGAACAAAGGAAAGACAAGGGCUUAAAUACUAAACACAUCGAACACAUUUUCACACACUUAUCUGUACUUUUGUAAGGGAUCCGGUUAUUUAAGUUCCUGUUUUUUCAGCAACAUGUGUUUUUUAUUUACAUUUUGUAGGUCAGUUGGUGGUGUCAUGUGCUUAUCUGUUUGUUUUGGAUUGCAAUGUACUUUCGACUCCACCCUGCUACUUCCUGCUUUUCUUUGAAUUGCUGAGAUCCCCUGAGUUUGUGAACACACCUGUUGCUAAUGUGUGUUGAUUGGUUUGUUGCUACUUAAGCUCAGUGUGCCCAUUCAGGCCACGUUUAUACGUAGCAGGUUAUUUAUGGAAACGAAUAUUUCCCCCCCUCCAUUUUCCAAAAUAACAUUGUGCACACAUUGUUUUCAAAAAAGUUGUCGUUUACAGCAAAACGCAUAAAAACGCCGUCGAGCGCCAUUAUAACUAUGCGAAACCUAUGGGCGGCAGUGUAGGGAGAAGGAUAAAGCCAUGAAAGCCAAUCAGAAUCCUCAGAAUCAACAACAACGAAUAACACAAGGGUCUUCCUGUAACAAACAAACUGUAAACAUAGGGCGCUCAUAUGACGUUAAGCAUUUACUGGCGCAUAAUGUGACGAUUCAGAACCUAAAACCCUGUUUCUCCCCGUUGACACGACAACACAUAACCGGCGUUUUCAGAAAUCUCCACUUCUGCCGGAGUUUUUAGAAAUGAUCGUUUUCUGUGAUAAAAACAGCGUUUUCGUGUAAAUGAGAGGCCAAACCGCGUGGAAAUAUCUGCGUUUUCCCUUCGUGUAAACGGGGCCUCAGUCUCUGUCGGAUCGUGCCUGUAUGUUACCUGUGCCUUGCUGGGAAUAAACUCAGAGAAAGUUUUUGAAACCAAGCCUUCUGUCUGCGAUUGGAUCCUUUUCUACUGAAAGCCUAAAAACUUUCUACUCCUUACUUUUUAAAAAUGGCCUCGUUACUCCUAUUUAAUUUCGGCUUGUUUUUAUUCCGCCGGCGUUCAAAAAAACAAACAAAAAAACCUAUCCAGACAAUUCGCACCAUCGGAUAGAGUGGAUUUUAUUUGUUGGAUGAGAAUAGAAACAUAUACCAUUCUGACACCCUAUUGGUUGCAGGGCUGAUCUUCAGUCCAAAAAGAGCAUGCAUUGGCUCGAAGAACUUUGAGAACCAGUUGCUUUUGCAGCUGAAUAAAGCCUAUUGGUAACUCUUUGUUGCAUGGUCUGUGCAUAACUGGGGGGUAUACCACGAACCUCGCUGAACAUACCCAGGCUUUCUUGGGUAAACCUGGCUGGACAGAGCCACAACUCGCAAUCAGAGUUAAAUGGUACCACGAAGCUCACUUUAGAUUCAAUUAGUUGAACCAGGUUUCCGCUUUAGGUUCAGUGCGCGUUCACUUGAAAGGGGCGUUCUUUGUGUCAUUUUUCUCACCUUUACGAUAGUUCAAGCAGUCUAUAUGCGUAUAAGUGAAAAGAUUCUGCAUAUUGUCUAUAAAAUAACUAUGCCAAAUACAGAAUUGUUCACCAUUAAUCCAAAUAGAAUGAUGAUGAUUAAAAAAUGCAUAAGCAACGUCCAUCCUGCCUUAUUCUAUCAUUUAGGGAAUUCACUUUAAAUACACCCUAUGUAAGAAAUGUAUCGCAUGUUUUCAACCGCUGAGAGGUAGUGGCUGUAGCGUAGUGGAUUAGUAUAAGACCCGAACGCCAGCGACCGGGGUUCAAAUUCGCCGGUCUAUCAUCAUGCAUUUUACCCCCAUAGAUGUGGUUGCCAGCACGGCCUUGAAAAUAUGGGUUCAAGUUCAAAAUAAAAAAAAAAUAGACUGACGCGCUACCUCCACUCUAGCACUCCGUCACGGAGACACAAUGAACAACAGUAAGCAUUGUCUACAUAAGGUCCAAAAGGACGAUCAAAUAACGAACACCCUCUGAUGAGAAUCUGUAUCUCUCAUGAAGAACCCCAAUUUCGUUGUUUGCACAAUGGCAAUAAAGUCUGAAAUCUGAAUAUCGUCAGACAAUGCCAAAGGAUCGGUUCUGUCCCGUAAAACCCUCCGUCUCCGGAGUGACGCCUGUACGAGAAGUGCGCCGAGGUCCACGGGAACACCCACAAAUGGUGACGCCAUUCUCAGAGGAGGGGCUAGGAAGCACGCCGAUUUAAGUAGCCGAUCUCCGGCUAGACUAAGCCGAAAAACUGCUCCCGACCAGGUUUGGUUGCGAGCAUAAGUCACCAUGGUGAUACAGCGACGCUAAAAGAGAUCGACUUUCGUGGUACAACUAACCCAAGCUUUGAGCUCAACAUACCUCGCUAACCCUCUAAGUGAGCUUCGUGGUACAGGCCCCAGAUGUAGAUACUGGUGUAGAUAUUGUGGUUUUUUUUCAGGAAAUGUUUAAUCACUAGCAAAAGUUUGGUUAGCACCGUCAGCUGGGCACUGCUGAUUUGUUAUGGUGCGUCCCAGUUUGCCAAGUUCUUACUCGUUACAUCUUUAAUUAAUGCAGCUAAGCUUGGAUACGUGCUUUUGAUAACAUGCCUCUGAAGUUUGACUUUUUGCACCAUUCCAAUACUUACAGGGAACUAGUCAUCAUAUCUUCCGCUCCAUGAAACACAUGUUAAUGCUCAGUAGUACACAUAUAUGGUUCUUUAAUGUAUUUGCAUUGUACCCAUAUGCGUUCAUUUUCAAUGGGCAUAAAUGUGUCUGAAACAGGUGCAUCCCAAUUUUUUCAACAUUAACAUUAAAGUCAUUAGAUGGCAUUUACAAAAAAAAAAUUGAAGUGGGGCAGUGUGCUAUAGAGGUGUGCUGUGUGUGCGUCACUAAUUCACGGAUGGGAUAAAUGCAGAGACCAAAUUCCUUGUGUGUGUGAGCAUACUUGGCAAAAAAGCUGAUUGUAAUUCUAUAGGCCCCUGUGGCACGGCCUAAGCUUUUGUCCUUAAUGGCAUUUUUUCCCCCUUGCAUUACUUUUACUGUAAUACUUUAAGUAGUUUUGAAACCAGUACUUUUAUACUUUUACUUAAAGAGAUACAUCACCGGUGGGAAUAUGAAGGUUUUAUGAAUUAUAUAAUUCAAUGUAUUAUAAAUGUGAAAAGAAUUUGAAAUCGGUUCAUCCUAGCCUGAAAAAAGGCAGAAAGAGUGUUUUCAUGGUCUCUCUGGCUCAAAGUAAGAAAACCUGCAACUACCACAGUGCAUUGCGCUCGCUGCCCCGCCCACCUGUUUCCGGUCUCUCGUCCCCCUCAAUCCCCCUCAGUACGCGAGCUCCCGCCCCCUCUCAAUCCAUAUUGGUGGAAAAAUUGGCGGCAAAUUUGCCACCAAAAGAGUGUUGUAGUCCUCGGCCCUUCUAGCGGGACAAGAGGUUUCUCCCGAAAUGACGUCAAACGCGUCAUUUGACGUCAUUUCGGGAGAAAAUUAGAUGAGAAAAAAUGGGCCAAGGGGAGACUGGUUUGGACUGAUAUUUAUUUAUAUAUUUAUUUAUAUUACAAUAGCGAUUUUAUAAUGAUAGAACGCCGGUUCUAAAUGGGUGAAGUAUCCCUUUAAGUAAAAAGCUUGAGUUGAUACUUCAACUCCUACAGAAGUAUUUUUAAACACUAGUAUCUACUUGAGUAAUGAAUGUGAAUACGUUUGACACUGCACACAGGACACAACUCACCAUAAACUAGAAUGAAAUCCAACAAGGAACAAAGGAAAGACAAGGGCUUAAAUACUAAACACAGGGCACGCAACGAGUAACAGCUGAAACACAUUAGGGGAUGGAGCAGUAAUCACACAGGAGGGAAACUUGACCGGACAUGGGGAGAAACAAGACAGAGAUACCAAAGGAGAACAGGGAACACACCAAAACAAGACAAGGAAACAGACCAGGACAGGUUUGACUACAGACCAAAUGGAGGCAGGGUUAGAACUCAUCACGAUCAUCUUAAAUGUUGCUAAAAUGAUGCACCAUAUAUUCCGUUGCAUCCACAAAAUCCGAAGCAUCGAUCGAAGAAAGAUUGGAGCUAGACACAACGAAGAAGAAAGGCGUUGCGUAAAAAUGCGUUACCGGGGAAAGAGCGAUUUUUUUUUGUUGCUUCAUUUCACAUAUAACAAACACUGGGACAAAUGUAGUUGAUUUCUUUGUUUAACUUAGAAAACAGGUAGUGGAAGGACGGGACCCUAUAAUGUUUCAAAGUACAACUUAUUACCGCUGUAUCAGCUGUUCUUUCCCAAAUAAUUUAACAAGAAUGUGUGGCUAGGUAGAUGAGAGAAGCAAAGUGUAUGCGCGAGGUGCACAAGCAACAUUAUGCAUGCUCCCUUAAAAUAGCAUCUGAACAACGCGCCACUGAC